ACUGUUUUGAGAGGUGGAUGUCAACAGGCCUGGGAGCAGAUGGGGUCACGAGGUCAUGCUCGGUUAAUCCUGCAGUGACUCAGCCUAUAGGGGGACAGAGGCUAGGGGAACUCAGAGUAAGGAGACCAACCCAGCAGUUUACUUAUCAUUAUUUAACACACACACCAGUAGAAAUUCACUUUUUACAGCUAAAAGAUGAUGGCCACAGCCUACCUACGACGUUUCACAACAAUAUCACCUUCUACGAGGAAAAUCAUUUCCAGGGCCGCUGCUAUGAGUGCAGCACCGACUGUGCCGACCUGCACUCCUACUUCAGCCGCUGCAACUCGGCGAGGGUGGAGAGCGGGGCCUGGGUGCUUUAUGAGAAACCCAACUACAAGGGCUACCAAUACAUCCUGAGCCCAGGGGAGUACACAGACAACCAGCAAUGGAUGGGAUUCAACGAUAGCGUCAAGUCCUGCCGCGCCAUCAAAAACGUGUAUGGCAACGUGUGGAAGCUGAGGCUGUACGAGAGGCCAGACUUCGGCGGUCAGAUGGUGGAGUGGGCCGAGGACUGCCCCUCGGUCUACGAGGCCUUUAAGUUCCGCGAGGUGUACUCGUGCAUGGUGACCCACGGCGCCUGGGCCUUCUACGAGCUGCCGAACUACAGGGGACGCCAGUACUUCCUGGAGCGCCGGGAGUACCCCCGCCACACAGACUGGAGCGCCGCCACUGCCGCCGUGGGCUCCUUCCGCAGGAUCACCGAGUUCUAGGGCUCUUUGACCUUUGACCAUGGGAUCGAGUUGUUCUCUGGUCUUAUUGAGUCUGUGUGACAUGAUCCAAUAAAAAUUUAAAAAACUAUUUGCAAAUGUC